AUGUACGGGUCGAAUCAAUCCGAUCCCCAACAGCCAGAAUGGCGACUGCCAGCGCGCCGUCCCAUACCAACUUCUGAGCCUGCACCACCACCGCAGCCUCCCCGGCCUCCGACGAGUGGUGCAAUAUAUCACUCAGCAAGCUAUGGCCCAACAUCCAAUACCAAUAACGCUGUGCGGCCGAAUGUGUCGUCGUCCCCCGUAUCGCCCUUAUCGGGAAUGACCGAUCCCCGAACAUGGGGGGUUCAGUACAACAAGCAUACGAUUCACGCUCCUCCACCACUUCCGCCCCGACCACCGAGCACCAACGAACAGCCCAAUCUUUAUGCGCCGCCGCCGCAGUCGCAGUCGCAGCCCCACUCACCCGCCUUGAACCCCAAUAUUCCUCCACCCUCGGUUUCACAUCAAACAUAUGAGGCGUUCGCAGAUGCUCGGCCUCCAUCAGCAAACAGUAUUCCACCACCGUAUAAUUUUCCACCGCGAGAAAAUCAAGCUCCAAGUCCGCAAUAUCAAAUACCUAAUGUUCCCCCGCCGCCUCCUAAGAUUCCCCAGGAUCAGCCCGCAGCUAGCCAACAACCUAAUACCAUUCGGCCUCCACUACUCGCACAGGGUAUUGGUCCAGCAGCUACACAGGGAUCAUAUGGACGUGCUUCGGAUCCUCAUGCAGCUCCCGCAUUUUCAUCUGCGCUAGGCCCCGGGACACCUUCCGACUGGGAACAUUUAGGUCCGACGGAGGGCGACUUUGAUGAUGCGCCAUGGUUUCCACCUAGAGAUCUUGCUCCUCCGUCGCCGGAGACUAUUCAAACACCCCCUGGCUUCUCUACUGGACUUUCGAGACCUGUUGCGACCAAUGUUUCCACGUCUCAGCCACCAGCUAAUCCCCAUCAGCAGGCCUAUGGUCCUACGUCGCAGCCACCAGCGAAUCCCAGUCAACAGGCCUAUGGUUCCACGUCGCAGCCACCAGCGAAUCCCACUCAGCCGGCCUAUAGUCCUAUAUCUCAGCCACCAGUGAACCCCAUUCAGCAGACCUAUGGUUCCACGUCGCAGUCACCAGUGAAUCCCAGUCAACAGGCCUACGGUUCUACGUCGCAGCCACCAGCGAAUCCCAUUCAGCAGGCCUAUAAUUCCACAUAUCAGACUCCGAGGCCACAGAAGAAUGACCCUGUUUCGCCAGUUAGCCCCUCCACAGGGCACAGGCUUCAUGCAGCGCCUCUCAACCGCAUGGACAGCGUCAGCUCCAGUAGCACAUGGUCACAGCGUACUGAAAGUAUCGACAAUGUCAUCGAUGCAUGGGUAAAACCUCUGGAGCCCGCACCAAAAGCCACUGAGUCCGAUAAGGCUAGCUCGAUAUCACACCUAGACCUUCCGUCUAGAAGUGCCCAGAAUAGCCCGGUGGAGAGCCCGAAACCGCAAUCUCCUCUACCGGAUAGGGGACCAACACCCAACACAGAAAGUCCUGCGGAAGUGAGAGGCAAUAUUGUACACCAGCCCGUCGAUCCAUAUGAGGAUCUUGAUCCAUGGUUUAAAUCAUCUCUGACGCGCUGCGUUGCGAUGCUACGCAAAGAGGCAGUGGCUGAUUCCGAUGAAGAGCGCUUCAAAAUAUUCACGGCGUUCAUGGCUAAGGAAACUAAGCUUCGAGAGAUCAUGUAUAACAUUGAACAUGAGCCUCCUGUCGUCCAAGAGGACCGUUCCUCUAGGGCUCCGCAGCGAUCAUCAAUUUCUGAAGAGCGUAAGCCGCCUAUUGAGUCUGGACUGAUUCCUGUGGAGACGGAAGAAGUUGAAUCACCUACCAAAAUCUGUGAAGACGUACAUGAUGAUGAUGAUGAUGAUGAUGAUGAUGAUGCAGGGAGCGAAUACAGUGCAGGCGGUCGUCCCAUAAUGAGUAAAGAACCUGGGCGCGGCUCAUCAUCGCAGAAGCCCAGGCUUUCAAUUUUUCCAGAGGAGGAGGAGAAGCCAAAACAUCCUGCUCGGACUUACUCGAUGCAUCUUUCAGAAGAACAGCCGCCUUUGGAGCCCCUCGCAUCGGAGCCUCCGCGACCUAUCUACACCCCGUUUCAAUACACCGAGGGACCACAACGCGGUUCGGAUAAUCUGACAUUUGCUCGUCCAGCGUAUCAGGCCUACUCUGAUUUACGACAAGCAUCAGCUACCGGACGAGUUAUGUCAAAUGUCCCUCCUCAAUCUGAGUCUGCUUCUUUGACUACGUCCACAUCUCCGUCUGAACUUGAUGAGACUUUUAUUGGUCUUAUCCGGCAUAAGAGUAAUGCCUAUCAGGCAAUCAGCCGGCGGACCGCUAGUCCACUUCCUUCGCUGCCGGAAUCACUUAGGCAAGGUCGAAAGGAAGACUUGCUUGACGAUUUGCGUACACUGGUUCGGACUCCUUUAGACAAUCAGCCCGAAAGCCCAUGGCACAGCACAGCUCGGGAAAGUUUCGGUAAAUUUUCGGAUGAUCUAUCUUACGUUCAAAAGUCCAUUGACGACUGGGAACACGCCGCUACGGAACGUCGGCACAAACUUGAUGACGAUCGUGCGACUCGACAAGAGCAGUCGGAGGCUCACAUUGACACGCUAUUCAACGAUAAGGAGAUCGGCUAUGCGGACAUCAAUACCCUAGAAGAGAACUUCCGACAGACUGAAGCGCGUACUCAGCUUGAUGAAGAAAGGAAAGAAGUUGAUGACUUUAUAUCUCAGGUCUUCAAUCCCGUGGAUAAACGUCUGAAGGAUGAGAUCUCUGCGCUUCGCAAGUCGUAUGAAUCCGCGGUGAACCAGCUUGAUCGGGAUCAAAAAGCGAAAAGCACUACUUCUGACCGACACAGUCCGUCAGUGACGAUGAAGAUGGUCUAUGAAAUCCACAGCCAGCUCGAAAUCCGGUUCCAGAAGCGACUUGAGCUUGCACUGGACUGUGAGCGACGACGUAAGAGGGCCGAGCGUCGUCCCCUCGUUUUCAUGGGUGACAUGGCCAGCCUUCGACAGCUUGAUGGAGACUUUGACCUUAUGGAAAAACGAAACAUCUUGGAAGCAGCGAAGGAUCGUGAUGGACGUGCCAAUCAGCUCAUGGAUUCCUUUGAUGAUGCCAUCCUGCACGGCUUAGGUAUGAAUCAAAGCCUUUUGGACGAGCUUUCAUCGAAAGCAGCCCGCCUCGAUUCCACGAACCUCCGCGCUUCCGGUCUCCCCGAUUCUGAAAUCGAACAGAUCCUCAGGUCGGUGACAACCUUCGCCGUGUCACUUCGAGCCGAUUCUGAAGCGAUCCUUCGCAUGUCAGGAGUCGCAGAAAAGGCUCUAAAUGAUGCCGACUACGCGGUGUCCGUUGCCGAAGCGCGAUAUGCAAAUUCGGAGCCGGAUAUCUUCGAGCGCCUCAAAGCCGAAAAGAAGAAAGAGGAUUCGAUUCUCGAUCGCGAUCUGGACUCGAAGCUGCAGAGUAUCCAGAAAGGUCCUCAAGCUCUUGAUGCUACUAUCCAACGGCUUAUCCGGGACUUGGCGAAGACCCCCAGAGUUGCGGCACCGGUUUCUGUGGUCAUCGAGGAAGCGACUCCUGUGAGUCAGUCUGUCGGUGUACCAUCCUUGGAAUUACCCUUGGAACUUCGCCCGGCCACCGUUCGCCCUCCCACUGUAGCUCCUAGUCACACGCCACCUGCACGUCGCCUCUCGGACCCGAAGGACGAGCACCAAGACAGACUACGUAGGGCGUUGGAGGACGCAAAGAAGCGUAAUGCGGCCAAAUCGAGCCAAUAA